AUGCGUCGACCCACCGCCCAAGGGAACGUGAGCAUGCUUGUUUUGCCGCAGCAUGCUGGAAGAGACUUGUGUCCUGUCAACAUGUCUGAUCGGAUGUUUGAUGACAACCCAGCACCUCGCAUAUGGCAGGUCUUCCCUGAGGGUACUCCGGACAUUGCUCCCUCGACAGCCACCGGCGCCAUCGGAAUGUGGUCAGCACAUUCUGCCGUCUUCGACCUUCGGCUGGGAUCGGGCAAGCAGGUGCAGGCAGAGGAGGUUAUGAGCGUACCCGGGGCGAUGCUGCUGCACGAUGUGCGAGAGUGUCGUUGGGAGGAGAAGGAGAUGACGGAGGGAAAGGUGUUGAGCAGGGAGGAGUGCGCAAAGGCGAUCAUCCUGUCAGAGGCCAUGGGCUACCAGGAGCAUGACCUGCUCAAGGUCUUUCGCUCUUGUGCCUAG